UUUUCCCGUGACUCUCAAGAUACUGUCCAACCGCUGUAACUGAAGCUGCUGGAAGUGAAUGCGCUCCUGUUCUUUUUUCACUUUUCUGCUGCUGUUCGUGCUCCCGCGCAGAAUUCUCUUCAUUUUCAGCCCGCCUUCGCUUUGCUUGUUGUUUUUUUUUAUUUGCUAGAGGGAGCCACGCUACUUCACUCGUUUGUUACUGCAAAAGCAUCGCUUGGAUACAGGAAGUGCCUGAAAAUCUUCACUUUGCAAGAUUUAAGUGAUGUAUCACGCUGAAUUCGAUGUCGCUCGACAGAAACCCACAACUCCUCAUUGUGUAAAGUGUUCAUCCAUCCUUGUUAAUGAGGGUUAUUCAGUGACAGACCAACGGGAGACACAAGCGUCGUGGAACAGUUUACUUUCUGUAACGUCCAAACCACAGUUUUCAGAACUCAGAAAUUCUUGCACCAUGCGCACGAUGCUACAGAACUUCUACUCUCCUCCUCAGAUGCAUAUCGCAGCCCCUUUCCCCUUGCUUCCGCAUCCUUUUGUCGCAAUGAUCGAAUGUACUAAACACGUGGGAGGGUACCCGAUUUUUAUGACAGAAACUACUCAGACUCCGGAAGUGGGUCAAGAGAAGACUGUAAGUUCUGAUGACAAAUCAGAAAAAAAGGCGAUGGUAUUUGACUUAUCCACUUCUCUGUCUAAAAAGAAACCUAGGUUUGAUUUUGCUAGAUUAGCUGAAUCCGCUACGUCUAAAGACGAAGAUCUGGAUUGUUUACACCCCAAAUCCUUAGACCUUCAAGGACAGAGCAAUCCAUCCCAGACAUCAAUGUCUGCGAUCAUUGCCAGCCGUACCUUUCCACUAGUGACGCCUUACUACACCAAUUUAGGCACUGGACUGUUCAACCAUAAAGGAACACGAGGUAGAUGCACUUCGCGCCCUAAGAAGGAAUUCAUCUGCAAGUAUUGUCAACGAAGGUUUACCAAAUCCUACAACUUACUGAUUCAUGAACGAACACAUACUGAUGAACGCCCUUACACCUGUGAUGUAUGUCAGAAAGCUUUCAGAAGACAAGAUCAUCUCAGAGACCACAGGUACAUUCAUUCGAAAGAAAAACCGUUCAAGUGUUCAGAGUGCGGGAAAGGCUUUUGUCAGUCUAGAACUUUAGCGGUCCACAGAAUCCUUCACUUGGAGAGUUCUCCUCACAAGUGUGCAACGUGUGGUCGCACUUUCAACCAAAGGAGUAACCUAAAAACACACCUUCUCACCCACACCGACCUCAAGCCAUACAACUGCGGUUCCUGCAGUAAGGUCUUCCGUCGAAACUGUGACCUUCGACGGCAUGUUCUUACUCACGCCUUCGACCUACCAGGAGAGAAGAUUAUUUGUAGCUCAUUCUCUUCACACGUCUCUUCUAACCGAGAGGUUGAGCUGAACAGCCCUCAGUCCCAUCUUUCAGAUGUUCUGGACGUUGAAAACUGAAAUGUCCUUAUGUACAGAGAAAGAGAUUGGAAAGUGCUCUCGUAAAUUCAAUAAUUCAUGUAAAUUCUCAGUGAAACAAUAUCUCCUUUGUUAGUUAGUGUAAAUUCUCAGUGAAACGAUAUCUCCUUUGUUAGUUAGUGUAAAUUCUCAGUGAAACAAUAUCUCCUUUGUUAGUUAGUGUAAAUUCUCAGUGAAAC